AUGGCUAUUAAACAAUUUUAUUUGCUGGGAGAACCCAGCGCAUCAGCUCGGGAUGUCGAGAUGGAUUCAUCACUUGACUCUGAAGGGCUUCAACAUUUGAUUGCCGGUCAUUUUGCCAUUGUUGAGCCUACUGGCAUUGCCUUCCAAUCUGAGGACUCAACAUUGCUCACCGUAUCAGAGGUUCUCGCCAACGAGAGCCCCGUCGCGAUCACGAUAGAUGGCAAGGCAGUUCGAGAGAUCCCCGGCCCGAAAGGUCUUCCUUUCGUAGGAAACUUCUUCGAGAUCUAUCCCGAUCAUCUGGGUAACCAUCAGCGCCUGUUCGAACAAUAUGGCCCCAUCAUCCAAACCACCAACAUGGGCCGCACGAUAUACCACACCAACGAUCCGCUCUUGUCAACGAUCGUCUUUGCCGAGUCGGACUUCUUCACCAAAAAGAUCAACGAGGCUCACCCCUUGUACCCUAUUAAGAACAAGGAAGCAGGUGUGUUCCUGGGUGAUACAGAUACCCCCGAAUGGCGCGCUGCGCACAAAUUCCUGCCGCCGGCGUUAGGACCCAAGGCAGUACGCCAUUAUGCGCCGACUAUGCAGGAGACGGUCGAGGAUGCUUUCCAGGUGUUUGACCAGCUGGAUGCGCAAGAAGAGGCUUGGAAUGUGUACCAAUACAUGCUGAAGCUGGGCUCGCAGGCCGUGGGCAAGCUGGUCCUGGGAAUUGACUUCAAGCACUUUACCUCGCCUGAUACUCCACUUCACGAGCUGGUGUAUCGUAUUGCCGAGUCGUUAGAGCUGAACAAGAAAGUGACCGCUCGUGGAAACUGGUAUGCCAAGCUGCCGUUCGGUGAUCCCCAGCGCCUACGCGAUGCUAGAUGGCGGAUUGCGGAGAUGGUCGAGGAGUCGAUUCAGAAUGCGGCUCGGGGUGGCAUUGAGGAUCUUCCUCUGCAGGAUGCAGCUUUGCAGGCAUCCAACAUGAUCGACUACGCUAUUCGUGCAACCGACAACAAGGGCGAAAAGUUGCCCAAGGCAAGUUUGAUGUCCGCCUUAGUCGUGGCCACCGGCGCCGGCUUCACCACCACCAGCUCGCUGCUGUCCUGGCUGCUUUACUCUCUCGUCAACUACGAAGGCAUGCAGGAGCGUCUCCUGCAAGAAUUGAUCGACCACGACAUCGACGCGGACACCCAACUCACCGCUGACCUCACCGACAAGCUCACCUUGAUGGAUCACUUCAUCAAAGAGACCCAGCGCCGCCACAACCCCUCCUACCAGCCCGCCCGCACAGCCAAAGUCGACAUGAUCUUGCCCGGCGGGUACAAACUGCCGCAGGAUGCAAUCGUCAUUCCAGCCCUGCACCACAUCCACAACAACCCAGCCGUGUGGGACAAUCCCGCGCGGUUUGACCCCGAUCGCUGGGACACGGAACAGGUCAAGAACCGCCACAAGGGCGCGUACAUGCCCUUCGCGGCCGGCCCGCGUAUGUGCAUCGGCUUCAACUUUGCUCUGCAGGAAGUCAAGGUCUUCCUGCCCAAGUUGGUGUACCGGUACAAGUUCACCAAGGAGAAUGAAGGGGCCGUCGAGUACGACCCCAUGUUCCAGCUCAUCCGCCCGAACAACUUGUACGUGCGCGCUGAACGCCGCGUGAAGUGGCCGCCCAGGACGGAGGCGUGA